CUGGCAAACAACAUUCUCCGUACCAACUUUGCUGGACUCUGCGGGUUUACCUGCAAGUAUAGAUAUUGCCCGGUUGGUGCCUGCUACUGCACUGCUAUGGGGAAGCAGAAGAAGCUUCUAAAAGCCAUAGGAGACAAAGGGUAUCCUGCAAACGGUGAUGCUAAUUAUGCCGACGGCGUGUUCUACAACUCUACAACCGAGAGACCAGUAUACAUCCCUACCAACUCUCCUUUUACACCGCUAGCCUAUACUAGCGGCGAGGGGGAGAGGAAGGGGGGGGACCUAGCUGGUCUAAACAGCUUCGCCUAUGCAUUCGGAUUCUAUCCCGUUGAUUCAUGCAUAUGUUUAUCAAUAGGGGCUCGGAUUGUUCUACCGGACCUAGACAAUAUUAUAGGUGUCCCGGAUACUAAUAACGGUGACGAGUACUAG